CGACCUCCAAGUUCGCGUCUCUUCCGACUCUCGGCUGGUUGUUGCGGUUUCCAAGCUUCAACAGAUUGACACGGAGCUUUGGACAUCGAGACAGACAACAACGAAAAAGACGAUAUCGCCGUGCGGAAAAUGGCAGAGCUCGGAGCGGGAAGCCUGCUGUUGGGAGAUCCUGCCUUUAAUUACCAGGACCACGAACUGAACGAGCGGCUGAAGCGGCUCUACCCGGCCGUGAACGAGGAAGAGACCCCUUUACCCCGAUCCUGGAGCCCCAAGGAUAAAUACAGCUAUAUUGGGUUGUCACAGAACAAUCUGCGGGUCCAUUACAAAGGCCAUGGCAAGAACCACAAAGAUGCGGCGUCUGUGCGUGCCACACAUCCCAUCCCUGCAGCCUGUGGGAUCUACUACUUUGAGGUCAAAAUUGUCAGCAAAGGGCGAGACGGGUACAUGGGAAUCGGUCUCUCUGCCCAGGGAGUCAACAUGAACAGACUGCCUGGGUGGGACAAGCACUCGUAUGGUUACCAUGGAGAUGAUGGCCACUCCUUCUGCUCCUCGGGGACCGGCCAACCGUAUGGCCCCACCUUCACCACGGGCGACGUGAUUGGCUGCUGCGUUAACCUCAUCAACAACACUUGCUUUUACACCAAAAAUGGCAUCAGCCUAGGUGUAGCCUUCACAGACCUCCCUCCCAAUCUGUACCCUACAGUAGGGCUUCAGACCCCGGGGGAAAUUGUAGACGCUAACUUUGGCCAGCAGCCUUUCGUCUUUGACAUUGAGGACUACAUGAGUGAAUGGCGAGCCAAGAUCCAUGGCAUGAUCGCACGCUUUCCCAUUGGGGAGAGACUUGGGGAGUGGCAGGCAGUUCUGCAGAAUAUGGUGUCCAGCUACCUGGUGCAUCAUGGGUACUGUGCCACAGCAACAGCCUUUGCCAGAGCCACUGAGACCAUGAUACAAGAGGAUCAGACGUCUAUAAAGAACAGACAAAGAAUACAAAAGCUGGUGUUGGCAGGACGGGUGGGUGAGGCCAUAGAGGCCACUCAGCAGCUCUAUCCUGGCCUGCUAGAACACAACCCCAACCUCCUAUUCAUGUUGAAGUGUCGUCAGUUUGUGGAGAUGGUAAAUGGUACCGACAGCGAAGUUCGCUGUUUUAGCAUCCGCUCCCCCAAGUCCCAGGACAGUUACCCUGGCUCACCCAGUCUCAGCCCCCACCACGGAGCCGCCAACACACACUUGCAUGGCGGAGGAGCAGACAGCCCUACUUGCAGUAAUGGGGUGACUCCCUCCAGCAAGUCAAAGAGCAGCAGCAGCAAGUACCCAGGGGUCUCCUCCUCAGCCUCCUCCUCCUCCUCCUCCUCCCCCUCCUCCGUCAACUACUCUGAGUCCAACUCCUCCGACUCCACCAAGAGCCAACCGCACAGCGCCAACAGUACCCAAGAAACCAGCGACAGUGAGAUGGAGAUUGAGCCAGAACACUAUACCAACGGCGUGGUCGAGGGCUCCUCAGCGCGGAUAAUGAACGGCACAUACAAACAUCAAGAGAUCCUCCAGCCAGACGACAACAACCUGGACAACGGAGUCACAGAGGAGGGCUGCAGCAGUAGUAGACAGCUUUGCGGAGGGAACCAGGCAGCAACAGAGAGGAUGAUCCAGUUCGGGAGGGAGCUGCAGGCACUCAAUGAACAGCUGUGCCGCGAAUACGGCAAGAAUGCCAUGCACAAGAAGAUGUUACAGGAUGCUUUUAGCCUCCUAGCCUACUCAGACCCGUGGAACUGCCCCGUGGGCCAGCAGUUAGACCCCAUGCAGAGGGAAUCCCUUUGCUCUGCACUCAACAGCGCCAUCCUGGAGUCACAGAACCUGCCUAAGCAGCCUCCUCUGAUGUUAGCCCUGGGCCAGGCCACAGAGUGUGUUCAGCUUAUGGCCCGCGUCCGCUCCGGGUCCUGCUCCUUUGCCAGAAUAGACAACUUUUUGCACUAGCCAAAGUCCGGGUUGAUAUUAAGCUGUGCUGAGGGAGGGCCUGUCCGUCAGGUAUUUGUCCCGGCAGCGAAGGAGAGAGCAUGCGUGUGAUUGGUGUGUUUGGCUGUCCAUCAGACUGAGCCAGCAGGACAGACAGAGGAGCAGAGAAGAAAGUUUCUUUUUAAUUUAGUAUUAUCAAAUACAGAAAUGUGUGAUACUAUUUAAAGAUGAUUAAUUAUUAUUCCGUUUAUCUAGCCAUUUUUAGUUCUUUUUUUUUGUCAGUUUGUUGUGCUCAUCUUGGACAAAAUCUAGCCCCCCCUUUUUUUCCCCCUCCUCAUUUUUAAUGGGUGGAUUUUGUUUCCCUACAACUCAGUAUUUUACACACUUGCAUUUUUCACCAUAUCACAGACCAAAAUAAUCAGUGUGGUUACCACAGUUACUCUGGCUCGUCCCACUCAGAGCGUCAUCUUGGACGAUAGUUUCAUUUCAGUUAUUGGCUCACCGAGCAGACAUGGUAGACCCAGAGUCUUAACCUGAAGGAUGCAUUUGGCGUGCAUUUGGAUGUGCACUAUUUCCAUUGCUGGGAUGUCAAGCAAGCAGUGACUAAAACUGUGCACAAAUGGAGGCUUCCAACUAUGUUUGAACAGUUCAGGCAUCAGAAGCUACACCAGCGUUGCUGCAAAAACACCUGCAAUGGUGGAAGAUUUCUAUGAAGGCCUGUUAAAACUCCCAGCUCAGAUCAAGACCGUGCCCCAAAUGCGUCUGACCCUCCUUAAACCUCUCGCGGUGGAUGUAGCUGAAGUUUUAGUGUUUUUUUUUUCUUCUAAGAUUAUUUUUACCUUUAUUAGCCAUUGGCAGUGGACAGGUAGACAGUAAAUGAGGGAGAGAGAGAGAGAGAGAGGGGUAUGACAUGCAACAAAUGUUGCUGGCUGGGAAUUGAACUGGCGAAGUUGCGACCGCGUGGUCAUGCGGUAUCCGCUGUAACCGUUCGGCUAUGGCGGCACCCCGGUUUUAGUGCUUUUUGAAUAGAUGAAGGACGGCGAGGGGAAAAGGGAAUACCUCAGCGUGAUCGUGAAUGAGUGGUUAGCGAGACAUCCCGGUCACAUCCCUCGUUUUAUCGAGCGGCCCCACCGCUAAACGUCUCGAAGCAUGGGAACAAAAUCAAACGCGUGCCGUUUUGUUUCUAAGCCUGCCCGAUGCUCUGCAGUUUAGUUAGGGUUAGACGCACUAGAGAUGUUGUGUUAAAAGCGGAUGUAAUAGUCGAGUAAACUUGGUUUUGGUCACACCUGGGGGGGGGGUUGUUUUUUUCCCCCUUCAGAAAUUGAAAAUCCCUGAAUUGAAACCAGCUUUCUUGAAUAACGCACACGCUCCUUCGGCGGUUAUGAAUGAUCAUCAGCACCUGGAAGUACAAGGCCAAUUUAGACACAAAUUAGGGGGUAUUUGGUGACUAAAGGGGUAGUAAUCAGUUGCCGCCUCUCAUUUUUCUCCCUGCUGGUGUCUCCGUCUUUUCCCGUCAUCAGACCCGUCGCUCAGUUUGGGAACCCAGAGAGCAGGAGAGGGAAAACGACCCAUUUUAAUCGUUAGCAUCCAUCAGCCGUAAAACGUCUCUCUCUCUCUCUCUCUCUCUCUCUCUCUCUCUCUCUCUCUCUCUCUCUCUCUCUCUC